AAAAUAAGCGAUUUAAAUUGGUCGGAGGGAAUAUUAUUUUGACCUCUCCUUUAUAAGUUUGGUUUAGGGUUAAGCCAUUUCUUAAGAGUUAAGGGAGAUUAUGAAGAGAUCAGGCAGAUCAAGUGAUAAAGGCACAAAACAAAUGGAUGCUGAACCCAAAGAUCCAUGGUCAUCGGAUCGAACUAUGCGGAUCAUUAUUCAAGAUGACACGUACAGAGACAUAAUUAAUUGGAAGGCGUUACCAAAAUCUUUUAUGCCGAGUACUAUAGAUGUUGCCAAAGAAGAUCGGUGUUCAGAAUCAGAAGCUUUUCUCCUAAUGGUUGAAUCAGAUGACAGUAUAGCUGCAGUUAAAGCGUACAUUCAAGAGGAAAAGUGCAUCCCUUUUAAGAAACAAAAGUUGUUGAAUGAAGAUGGCGGAGUUCUGAGAGAUGAGCAGAGACUUGUUUCUGUGGGAAUCAAGAAAGGAUCUACCUUAAUCCUUCGAUAUGCACCGAUAACGCAAAUCUAUGUGUCAAAACUUGAUGGUCGCAAGUUUAAGUUAAUGGUUGAGAGUGAUGACAUGGUUGCAGAUGUUAAAGCCGCCAUUCAAGAAAAGGAGGGUAUUCGAUUUCAUAAACAAAGGUUAAUCUUUGAUGGAAAGAACCUUGAAGACAAUGUUUCUCUCAUCUCCUACGGAAUUCAGUAUGACAGUGUUCUGCACCUUGUGCAAAAAUUGUGUGGUUGUUGAAUAUGGCACUCUUAGCUAGUAAAAGACAUGGUUGCUUUUCUUUUACGUCUAUUUGAUUGGUUGUGCUCUGUUUUUUCUCUAUGUUUUUCCUGUAGUUGUUCAAUAAGUUCCAGCAAGUUGAGUCAGUUUGUUCUUAAUGUGUAUAAGUAAUCUAUAUGAAAAAUCAGUUGUUAUUAUCGUGA